AACUCGGUGUCCGUUACUUGGUUUAUUCUUACUUCUCUUACUGACCGUACUUCAGAGCAUGGGUGGCAAACAAUGUUGAGGGCUCAUAUAAACGAGGUGUCACACUAGCCAUGGCUAUCGGGUGGGGAAAUUUGAACGGAGCUGUUUCCUCAAACGUUUAUCGUGCACAGGAUGCACCUUGGUAUAGGCUUGGCCAUGGCAUCAUUCUUGCCUACAUUGCAAUUGGUUGGUUAUGUUCAGCAGCAUUCAUGUUCCUGUUGCAUAGGGAGAAUGAGCGAAGGGACAGAGGAGAGCGCGAUGAGGUGAUCGGCAGCGACAACUCUGGGGAGGAUAUGAGCGACUUAGCCUUGAAGAAUGGGCGAUUUGAGACAAUUGACGAUGCACGACGCGAGAAGGGUGAUGAGUGGAGUCAAUCGCUGCGUCGGGAGUCUAGUAGAGCGGGGGCUGGUUCUGGUUCUUGGGCCAAAUUUUCCGAACACCAAACCAAACCAUAG